UUUAAUCUGUAAUGUGACUUAGAACUUGUGUGAGUUGAUACGACUUUAAAAUUAAGGUCGAGAACUUCGAAUCAUAUCUUAUAUAAAUGACCUUUCAAAUACUUUCUUCACCACGUUCAUGUUUAGUUGGGAUCAACCUUGUCUAUCCCUAUAAACAAUAAUAGUGAAUUUCGCAAAAAAGGCUUUUUAGAUUAAAGUUACCGCAUUUGCGGUUGUACAGAUAAUGAUAACGGGUGGAGAAGUAUAAAUUGAGACAGAUUGCCACAUAGUUCCCAAUAUUUGAUCAUCGGUUGGAAAUGCAAUUCUUCAAGGUUUUAAUUGGACUUUUUAUGGUCAAUUUAGUGGUGGCUGCUACUAUUUACCAAAGCAGGUAUAUGGAAUUGAAUAGCUUGGGAAAAAUAGCAAAGAGAUUCGUGGAUAUCGACGAAGAGCCAAUUUUGAAAAGAGACAAAUGCUGCUUGCCCAAAAGGGGCCUUUUGGGAAAGAGGUGUGUCAAGAUUACCCAGUGCACAUUGGGAUAAAUUGGAUAUAUUGUUGCUGCUCGGAGUUAUUCACUUGCGCUCUGCACUUACCUAAUUAGAAUUGGAGUAGUCCAUGAAUCGCAGAUAUAUUUUAAGAGAUAGUUAGUUUUCUUUACACGGUGGUUCUGGAGAUAUGAUCGAGACCGGAAGACGAACGGAAUGAUGGGAUCAAAUUCUGUUGUGAAACCAGUAUUUUAAAAAAACAAAGCCCCUGGACGCCUCAUGAAGUGUUCCUGUUCUUUAGUUCAUUGUUUCCCUGUAGACUUAAUCCCGUGGAACGGCCCCACCAGAACCAUUAUCCUGUAUGGACUCAAUACCUAAGUCCGUCGGUGUUGGUCCGAAUCGCGUUCGAAAAACAAAAUCGUCAAUGGAGUAUGUGGUGUCACAAGAUAUCAAUGCUGGUAUUAAGUACGUGUUGGGCCGGGUGGACGAGGACUUCAAGUACACCGUUUAUAUAAACUGUACGCUUCCCACUCGCCUUUAUGACGCCGUCUUCAAUGGGAACUAUAACUUCUCUCAUCUGGAUACCCAGAUGAAGCAAUUUAAUUACCACAAGAUGAACAAUUUGAAAGAUCUAAAAGAGUUCCUCGAAACUGGACCCGAAGAGAAGACCAUGAUCGUAGAGGGGUUCAGCGACAUCGUGAAACUCACCACCAUGGAGUAUGCUCGACUUAAUGUGUUGGUGGUGGAUGUGUUGAUGAUAAUGAAAACCAGAUUCAUCACCUGCUUUGUGCUAGACAACAAGUACAACCCAUUUGUGGAUUUAAACUGUGACAGUCACGUUGACGUGUAGUACAAAACCACAAUGCUGUUGUGUGAUACAUUAGACCCGUAAUCCCGACGCGUGCUCAGACCUUUCCUUUACAUCGGUUAUCACGUUACAACAUACCAGGUUGCCGAUCCAGCACUCCUAGCAUGGUUGUUCCUUUGAAGGGGUAGAUCGUUCAACCUAACUACUCAUAUCCACUUCAUUUCCACAAGUGGAGCACAAUAAUAGUAUACUUAGUAUAAAUGUAACAUCACAUUAUUCGGUCUACCCCAAACACCUUUGAAAAAAGUGAGUGGGGU